GAGCUCUAGUUUAUCAUGGCGAUACGUAAAGUUUAGUGUCCCUAUGUUUUAACAUUUUGAGACCUAAUGUAUUUGAAGAUCAAAGCUCUGUUGCAGUUCUAACAGCUAUGAAGUAACUGCCGAUUUUAGCAGAGGAGAAGACACAGGUUUUACAAGUUUCAUAAGCACUUAUACCACAUUGGGUUCCAUCCUCUUACUCCAACGAGCAACUCUUAGUUUUUGUUCUUAGAUCCCCUACUGGCCAAUCAUACUUGAUCAUGGGCGGAGACCAGAAAGAGAAGACACCUUAAGGCUCCAGAGAGACUACAGAGACUCAACCAGAAACAGCAGUAACUAGACAGAGGAGCCACAAGAGAGAAACAAGCUUCCAGAGACUUGAUACAAGACAGGAUCCAGAGACCAGACAGAACAAAGAGAGAGCUGAGUUAUGAAGACACAUCACUGUGCUACAUGUGGGAAGAGCCUUUCCUCACCCAGUAAGCUCAAGAAGCACAUGAUGAUCCACACUGGAGAGAAGCCCUACAGCUGUGACCUCUGUGGGAAAACCUUUAGCCAGGCUAUCCAUUUCAGAAUUCAUAGAAGGAUCCACACUGGAGAGAAGCCCUACAGCUGUGACCUCUGUGGUAAAGCCUUUACCCAUGCUAGCAGUUUGACAGUUCACAGCAGGAUCCACACUGGAGAGAAGCCCUACAGCUGUGACCUCUGUGGUAAAACCUUUAGCCACGCUGGCCAUUUCACAACUCACCGCAGGAUGCACACUGGAGAGAAGCCCUACAGAUGUGACCUCUGUGGUAAAACCUUUAGCAGCAAUAGGGGUUUUACAGAUCACUGCAGAAUCCACACUGGAGAGAAGCCCUACAGCUGUGACCUCUGUGGUAAAACCUUUAGCCGGGCUGGCCAAUUAAGAACUCAUAGAAGGAUCCACACUGGAGAGAAGCCCUACAGCUGUGACCUCUGUGGUAAAACCUUUAGCCGUUCUAGCGGUGUGACAGUUCACCACAGAAUCCACACUGGGGAAAAGCCCUACAGCUGUGACCUCUGUGGUAAAACCUUUAACGACGCUGGCCAAUUAACAACUCACCGCAGGAUCCACACUGGAGAGAAGCCCUACGUAUGUUACCUCUGUGGUAAAACCUUUAGAUAUGCUAGCAAUUUAACAGUUCACAGCAGGAUCCACACUGGAGAGAAGCCCUACAGCUGUGACCUCUGUGCUAAAACCUUUAGCCGUGCUAGCAGUUUGACAGAUCACCACAGAAUCCACACUGGGGAAAAGCCCUACAGCUGUGACCUCUGUGGUAAAACCUUUAACCGCGCUGGCCAUUUCACAACUCACCGCAGGAUCCACACUGGAGAGAAGCCCUACAUCUGUUACCUCUGUGGUAAAACCUUUAGCCAUGCUAGUAAAUUAACAGUUCACAGCAGGAUCCACACUGGAGAGAAGCCCUACAGCUUUAUGGAGACACAUCACUGUGAUACGUGUGGGAAGAGCCUUUCCUCAUCCAGUCACCUCAAGAAGCACAUGAGGAUCCACACUGGAGAGAAGCCCUACAGCUGUGACCUCUGUGGGAAAACCUUUAGUCAGGCUAGCCAUUUCAGAAUUCAUAGAAGGAUCCACACUGGAGAGAAGCCCUACAGCUGUGACCUCUGUGGGAAAACCUUUACCCAUGCUAGCAGUUUCACAGUUCACAGCAGGAUCCACACUGGAGAGAAGCCCUACAGCUGUGACCUCUGUGGUAAAACCUUUAGCCACGCUGACAAUUUCACAACUCACUGCAGAAUCCACACUGGAGAGAAACCCUACAGCUGUGACCUCUGUGGUAAAACCUUUAGCCGGGCUAGCCAAUUCAGAACUCAUAGAAGGAUCCACACUGGAGAGAAGCCCUACAGCUGUGACCUCUGUGCUAAAACCUUUAGCCGUGCUAGCAGUUUGACAGAUCACCACAGAAUCCACACUGGGGAAAAGCCCUACAGCUGUGACCUCUGUGGUAAAACCUUUAACCACGCUGGCCAUUUCACAACUCACCGCAGGAUCCACACUGGAGAGAAGCCCUACAUCUGUUACCUCUGUGGUAAAACCUUUAGCCAUGCUAGCAAUUUAACAGUUCACAGCAGGAUCCACACUGGAGAGAAGCCCUACAGCUGUGACCUCUGUGACUAUUCAGGUAAAACAAAGGACCAUCUGAAGAGUCACCUGCGUGUUCACAAUAGAAAACCCCCAAAGAAGUAAUGUCUGGGGCCAAGCUGCCCCAGCAGUCACCACCUGAGAAAACUUCUGUAUGACCCACAGUUGGAAGAACUACCAGCCUACAACUACAAAAUCCCAAUCCCUCUACUGUUAGACUGCUAUCUCCCAAGGUUCUUCCAUUUUGUCAUCUAACUUUUAUUGAUGUAUGACUAUUACGAAUCUUGUCUAGGGGGAAAGGCUGUAACACUAGACAAACACACAAGACAGAACACACAUGCAAACAGGGCGAGGGACGAAACAGCCUGUGUUUUGCACCUCUCUUUCACCAACUGUCUUUAGAAACCUCACCAACUGUCUUUAGAAACCUCCCAAGUUUUCUUCUAUUUUUUUCAAAUUUUCCUUGUCUUCCUUGAGGUUUUAGGUUGGUUAAGGGGCAGUUCUACGGGCGUAUGUGAAGCCCUCUGUGACAUUGCAUUAAAAAGGGUUAUACAAAUAAAUGUGAUUUAAAUUUGA